CUUUCUCUUCUCUACACUCGUCUUCGUCCUAUUGCUUGUCUGGCCGGACCCGGACGCCGCUCUUUAUUAUUUCUAGCUGCAUACAAGUACACGCUACUCGUGGACGAUGGGCGAAAAUUGGUUUCAGAGGGAGCUGUUCAGUGCGAGGCGUCUCCUUUUCAAUAUCCUCUUCUACGGAUCGCAUCUCGCUUUGUUCGCAUAUGGCUGGCACAGUCAGGAAACGAACAAGAAGCUCAGUGCCCUGAACGGGCUUAAGUUUUCCGUAUGGGUCUCUCGUGGUGCUGGGCUCGUCCUGGCCUAUGAUGGCGGCCUUAUUCUCCUGCCUAUGUUGCGCAACAUCAUUCGCGUCAUUCGUCCCAAGCUUGCUUGGGCAUUCCCUGCCGACGAGAACAUCUGGUUCCAUAGACAAGUGGCGUACUCCAUGGCCUUUUGGGCAAUGCUUCAUACUACCGCUCACUACGUCAAUUUCAUUAACGUUGAGCGCACUCAGGUUCGCCCGGAGAGAGCCCUCGACAUUCACUACACUCAGGCUGGUGGUAUCACAGGUCACUUUAUGCUCCUCAUCAUGCUCUUGAUGUACACCACUGCCCACCAUAAGAUUCGCAAUCAGUGUUUCGAGGCAUUCUGGUACACGCAUCACCUCGCCUUUUUCUUCAUGCUCGGCCUCUAUACCCACGCGACAGGAUGCUUUGUCCGUGACACGGCGAACCCUGACUAUAUCCCCACCUUCCCCUUCUAUUCCACACAGCACUGUCUUGGAUACCUGAGCUGGAGGUACACCAUCUGGCCUGGUAUCAUCUACUUCGGGGAGCGUAUGUACAGAGAAUAUCGUGCUAGGCGGGCGACCAGGCUGUCUAAGCUGCUUGUUCAUCCCAGUGGUGCAAUGGAGCUUCGUAUCAUCAAGCCAAGCUUCAAAUAUACGUCCGGUCAGUGGCUCUUUAUCCAAGUUCCGGAUGUCUCCCGCUGGCAGUGGCACCCCUUCACUAUCACGUCAGCCCCUGAGGACCCCUAUGUUUCAGUCCACAUCCGUCAAGUUGGUGACUGGACCCGCGGUCUUGGAGAACGUGUCGGCGCCGGUCCUCAGGUUGUCGCAGCCCUCACGCAGGCAGCAAUGAAGGGUGGCGAGAGAGAUGAGAAGAGCGGGACGCGCGGAGACUUUGUUGAGCUUGACCCGGCCAGCAGUAGUCGUACCAUGCCUAUUGUCCGCAUCGAUGGGCCUUACGGUGCUCCUGCCGAGGAUGUGUUCGAUGUCGAAAUUGCUGUGCUCAUCGGUGCUGGUAUCGGUGUCACCCCUUUUGCUUCUAUCUUGAAGCAUAUCUGGUAUCGCCAGAGAAAUGGGAACCUGGGCUCCCUUCGCCGGGUCGAGUUCUUCUGGGUCUGCCGCGACGCUCCCUCGUUUGGUUGGUUCCAGAGCCUCCUGCAGGAAGUCGAGGCUGCCCAAGCUGAUCCUAACUUCCUCCGUAUCAAUGUGUAUCUCACGCAGAAGAUUGGCGAGGACAUGCUCUGGAACAUCGCCGUGAAUGACGCAGGCGCAGAAUACGACCCUUUGACUCUGCUCCGCACGCGUACCAUGUUCGGACGGCCUGACUGGAAAGCUAUCUACGGGCAGAUGCGUCAAGCCAUCGAGUCUGGACAGUACAUUCCUGGCACAAAGUCGCAGCUCAAGACUACCGUUGGCACCUAUUUCUGCGGCCCUAGUGUCCUUGCCAAGGCAAUCAAGGAAGCAACCGUCGAGCAGACUUGUUCUACGAUUGACUUUACAUUCGCCAAGGAGCACUUCUGAGCCGACACGCCUCACCUACCUCUUGUCACUGAUCCCCCCAAUCCUCACCUGAUCCCUCCCUCGAUCCCCGCUCGGUAUACUGUGUAUAUUAUGCGCUGUUUCAAUCUAUAUCCUUUUCCCUUGCUGUUGCCGUGAAUGGACUUUGCGACUUUGUCAUGUACCCUUGAUUGUCUAUUCUUGGUGGUAUAUCUGGGUGGGUGUGUUAGUUCCCUAUCUCUUGUCUUACACCGACCCAAUGUAAAUCGCAUCACGCGAACAUAUUGAGCGUGACGUGCGUUGUUCUUUC